GCCUUGGAGCAUGUCUUUCAUCAUGCUUAUACAGUUGGGCUUUGAUCACUGUGUGCAUCCAUCGAAGCAUGUGAAGCGCACCUAAAAAGAUGACACGUGGCGAUGGGAUGCCAAAUUUCAUAUAGGUGAAGGGAGUUCUCUCUAACCUUCCAGAAAAAGCUUCUUGAAGGAUAUUUAGUUUGAUUCUUCAAACCAUAUCCACCUGUGUAGUGUUUUGUGAAGUGGCUUCGCUAUGUGCGAAGUUUUUCCUUCUUUUUCACCAUUUGCUUGCUGCAAAAAGAUGACAUUUAGUGAAGAGUACUUUAUGCUCUCCCAUAAGUACAGAAAUAUAUGUGCACAGAUAACGCAUCGCUUUUCUGCCUUUGUCGUGGAUCAUGGCCGUAAAGGAGCUGAAUAAAUAUAGUUAGUGCAUUUAUUGGAUUAGUCUUACAAUAAUAUAUUCACAGACCACAAACCACUCAGCAGCAUACAUUGUUUUACGGAACGUUAGUAACUUUGGUGUUGAGAUUUGCUUAAAGGUGGUGUUGAGUAUUCACAUAAGGUGUAUCGUGAGUGGUGUGUUAGCGUUUCAAAGCGAAAUUUCCAUUCUAAACGACAUCCUCUACAAAUGCGAAAUCACUUUUUUUUCGCUAUUCCUUAUAUAAAAUAAAGUAUUUUUUUUUUUGAGGAUUCGUACACCAAACAUACGUUAACUAAUUUUCUUGAUUGCUAUUCUGAGAAUACAACGAAGAGCCAUUGAGUUUUAGCAUAAAAGUCUAUCGAUGAUCACUUUUACCAUUUUAUGGUAUUAAAGUGCCACGUUUGUAUAUCUUUUAUACAGUUUUUUUCUCCUCUCCUGAUGAUCUUGAAGGAUCGACAACCAUUUUUUACUUUAUCAGUACAAGAAUAAAGUUUUUCUUUCGUUUGAUACCCCUAAAAAUAUUCCCAGGUGUUGUCCAUGUCUAACGAGAAUCAAUGCAGCCCACAUCAAUUUUGGAACCAACAGCCAGUUCCGCAGUCUCAGGAUGAGGCACACAUCACAGGUCCGAUGGAUCGGCCGAAAACGGUGGAUGAGAUUCCGAUGGAACCCUAUCCGAUCGCCAGCACCUUUGAGUGGUGGACACCAGAUCCUCAGGAUCCUUUAGAAUUGCACCAUGUGUAUGAGUUGUUACGAGAUAAUUAUGUAGAGGAUGAAGACAGCAUGUUUCGAUUCAACUAUUCGGAAGAGUUCCUCAAGUGGGCAUUGACUCCACCAGAUUACAUUCCGGAGUGGCAUGUAGGGGUUCGAAGGAAACAUGAUAAAAAACUCUUGGCCUUCAUUUCUGGUGUUCCGAUAACGAUGAAGAUGGGCGUCCCGAAAUCUUUCCAGGAGGAGGCAAGUAAGAAGGCUCAAGCGGAUGGCACGGUGGUGGAGCUGUUUGAAAACCCUCGACGUAUCUGCGAAAUCAAUUUUCUCUGUGUGCAUAAGCAGCUCCGUGAGAAGCAUUUGACACCGAUUUUGAUUAAAGAGAUCACACGGCGGGUAAAUCGGAGGAACAUCUGGCAAGCAAUUUACACAGCUGGUGUAGUGCUUCCCACGCCAUUUAACUCAAGUCAGUAUUAUCAUCGUAGUUUGAACCCGGAGAAACUUGUUGCGGUUAGGUUUAGUGGAAUUAGUCCCCAAUAUCAGCGCUUUCAGAACCCGAUGGCGGUACUUAAGCGCAUCCUUCAGUUGCCGACAGAACCACGAACAAAGCACUUGCGGGAAAUGCAGCCUGCGGACCUCCCACAGGUCACGCAGCUCCUGCGGAAGACCCUGGAUAAGUACGAUGUGGCACCCGUAUUCAACGAAGAGGAUGUGGGACAUCAUCUUAUUCCGAGGAAGGAUAUUGUGUUCACCUAUGUCGUCUCUCACGGCGACCAAGUAACGGACUUCUUUUCAUUCUACUCGCUGCCAUCCACGAUUAUCGGUAACAGCAAGUAUAGUCAACUCAAAGUUGCGUAUAUCUAUUACUAUGCCGCCACAACGGUGCCGGUUCAGCAGCUGAUGUUAGAUCUGCUUAUUAUUGCAAAAAAAAUGGAAUACGAUGUAUGCAACAUGGUCGAUAUCCUGGAUAACAAGAGCUUCGCCGAGCAACUUAAAUUUUCUCAAGGGGAUGGCCACCUCCAUUACUACUUUUACAAUUGGGCUUACCCCAAACGGCAGUCCUCUGAUAUCGGUUUGGUUAUGCUUUAG